CCCAGUGUGGAGAAAGAUCCAGAACAAUGUACGUUGUUAAACAUGAACAUCAGAUCAGUUUGAAGGGGACAUAUGAACGUGUGACUGAAGGAGCUGAUCAAACAGGAAGUGGAACCCUCCUCAACAGGAUCUUCACUGAGGUCUACAUCACAGAUGCACUGAGUGAAGAAGUUAAUACCCAACAUGAGGUGAGGCAGCUCGAGACAGCUUCCAAGAUGGAGACCCUCCAUGACUCUGCAAUCAAGUGCAGAGACAUCUUUAAAGCCUUACCUGACCAACAGAAACACAUCAGAGUCGUUAUGAUGAUCGGCGUCGCUGGCGUUGGAAAAACCUUCUCAGUGCAGAAGUUCUGUCUGGACUGGGCCGAGGGUUUGGAAAACCAAGAUGUGGAUCUGGUGAUUCCUCUUUCCUUCAGGGAGCUGAACUUGAUCAAAGAUGAGCAGUACAGUCUUCUGGUGCUGCUCCGUGUUUUCCAUCCAUCGUUACAGGAGGUCCCAGCAGAGCAGCUCGCUGGCUCUAAACUUCUCUUCAUCUUUGAUGGCCUGGAUGAAAGCAGACUUUACCUGGAUUUCAACAACAAUGAGGCUGUUUCUGAUGUCACACAGAAGUCAUCAGUCAACGUGCUGUUGACAAACCUCAUCCAGGGGAAGCUGCUUCCCUCGGCUCUCGUCUGGAUAACUUCCCGACCUGCAGCAGCCAAUCAGAUCCCUCCUGCGUGUGUUGACAGGGUAACAGAAGUACGAGGCUUCACUGAUGACCAGAAGGAGGAGUACUUCAGGAAGAGAGUCAGUGAUGAAGAGCUGUCCAGCAGAAUCAUCUCCCACAUCAAGACCUCCAGGAGCCUCCACAUCAUGUGUCUGAUCCCAGUCUUCUGCUGGAUCACUGCUACAGUUCUGGACCACAUGUUGACUACAGACCAGAGAGGAGAGCUGCCCAAGACCCUGACUGACAUGUACUCACACUUCCUGCUGGUUCAGACAAAGAGGAAGAAGCUCAAGUAUGCUGAGGGACAUGAGACGAGUCCACAGGAGCUGACGGAGGCUGACAGGGAAGUUCUUCUGAAGCUGGGGAGGCUGGCGUUUGAACAGCUGAAGAAAGGAAACAUCAUGUUCUACCAAAAAGACCUGGAGCGCUGUGGUCUGGAUGUCACAGAGGCCUCGCUGUACUCAGGAGUUUGUUCAGAGAUCUUCAAAAGAGAGAGUGUGAUCUUCCAGAAAACAGUCUACUGCUUCGUUCAUUUGAGCGUUCAGGAGUUUCUGGCUGCAGUCUACCUGUUCCACUGUUACACCAACAGGAACACAAAGGUACUGGAGGACUUCCUGGGGAAAGGCGGCUGGGACUGUGACAACAGUGAUCUGAACAAUGGAAAUGAUAACAAUUACCCAUCCCUGGAUAUCUUCCUGAAGAAAGCCAUGGAGAAAUCCCUGAGGAGUAAAAAUGGCCACCUGGACCUGUUUGUCCGCUUCCUUCAUGGCCUCUCUCUGGAGUCCAACCAGAGACUCUUAGGAGGCCUGCUGGGUCAGACAGACAACAGUCCAGAAAUCAUCCAGAGAGCCAUCAACAACCUGAAGGAGAAGAAGACCAAAAUGUCUCCUGACAGAAGCAUCAACAUCUUCCACUGUCUGACGGAGAUGAACGACCACUCAGUCCAUCAGGAGAUCCAAGAGUUCCUGAAGUCAGAGAACAGAUCAAAGAAGAAACUCUCUGUGAUCCACUGCUCAGCUCUGUCCUACAUGCUGCAGAUGUCAGAGGAGGUUCUGGAUGAGUUGGACCUAAGACAGUACAACACAUCACAGGAGGGACGACUGAGACUGAUUCCAGCUGUGAGGAACUGCAGAAAGGCUCGAUUGGAGAACUGCGGUUUGUCAGAGAUCAGCUGUGCUCCUCUUGCCUCAGCUCUGAAGUUCAACCCCUCCCAUCUGAAAGAGCUGGACCUGACAAACAACAAGAACCUGAAGGAUUCAGGAGUGAAGCAGCUGUGUGCUGGAUUGGAGAGUCCAAACUGUAGACUGGAGACUCUGAGAUUGGAGGGCUGCGGUUUGUCAGAGAUCUGCUGUGCUCCUCUGGCCUCAGCUCUGAAGUCAAACCCCUCCCAUCUGAGAGAGCUGGACCUGAGUAACAACUAUAACCUGAAGGAUUCAGGAGUGAAGCGUCUGUGUGCUGGAUUGGAGAGUCCAAACUGUAGACUGGAGACUCUGAGAUUGGAGGACUGCGGUUUGUCAGAGAUCAGCUGUGCUGCUCUGGCCUCAGCUCUGAAGUCCAACCCCUCCCAUCUGAAAGAGCUGGACCUGACCUACAACGAGAACCUGAAGGAUUCAGGAGUGAAGCAGCUGUGUGCUGGAUUGGAGAGUCCAAACUGUAGACUGGAGACUCUGAGAUUGUGGGGCUGCGGUUUGUCAGCGAUCAGCUGUGCUGCUCUGGUCUCAGCUCUGAAGUCCAACCCCUCCCAUCUGAAAGAGCUGAACCUCUGGGGCAACAACCUGAAGGAGUCAGACGUGAAGCAGCUGUGUGAUCUGAAGGAGAGUCCAGACUGGAGACUGGAGACUCUGGAAUGGGAGUGAUCUCUGUCAGAGAGAUCAGGAGGAGGAUGUUGGAGGACCAGCUGAGUCCUGAUGAUCCCGAGAGCUUGAAGCAGCAGCAGCACCUCUAACUGGGCCAUGUUACUGGGAGGUAGAGUGGAGAGACUGACGGAGGCUCUGCACGCUUCCACAUUAGCAACGCCACGUGGCCAUGAAAGAAGGAUGUCGGGCGAGCUGAUUGGCCGACAUUAGCCUCUCUGGGUCAGUGACGGGGGCUCUGUCUCCAUCAGAAUCAGCUGACUCAGCAUACGUCAGACUACAGAGUGGAGCCAAGUGUGGAAAGCAUAUGUUUGCUAACAUUUCACAUUUUCACAUCAAUGGUAAACUUGACUGUCGUCGCUGCAGGACAGUCAGCUGUUAGUCUGAUAAACUUAACUGCCCCGCCCACUGAAACAACCGUUACCUCACAGAGACCUUUACCCCCCCUCAACCGUUACCUCACAGGUUGGAAAUAGUAGUAAAUCAGUGCUGGAUUAUAUUUCUGUAUAUUUGUUCUUUCUUCUGUAUGUUUACCUUCUUAUUUCAUAUGAAUCAUUACAUCCUGUAUCACUGUAAUAAAAGUAUGAAAAUGGGGAUCAACUCAA